CAGCACCUUUUCUUCUUCGUCAUUAUCUGGUGGACACGGCUCUUCAUCGUCCAGCAUUCCGCGACAGCCUGUUGAGCGCGGGCGUAACCCUGCCAAAGAUCAGGUCCGAGCGCGCUUGUCCUCGCGCUCGCCAAGUCCUAGCAUGGCGCCCAUGACGCCGACUGAUUCGUUGCUCGCCGUGGAUGCCAAGAAGCAUAUCCCAUUCAUCCUCUCUCCCGAACGCAACACAUCGCGGGGCCGCAGGAGCUUCCGUGUACGCUCCGAAGACUGUCAACAUCCACUACUACGAUCCCACGGCGUUGACUCUGAGCUCGACGUACUGGACGAGACAAGUCGAUGGACGUUGUCCCCCGAUGCGCGUAGCGGAAGUGGAAGGGCCGACUCCGUAGGUGGCUCGCAUUCUCGCAGCCGCAACUAUAUAGUGGACGAGGAUACAGAGGGGCUAGAGUCGCAACCGGCAAAGGGAAAGCGGGCGGGAAGCACACCGCCUGCUCGAACGAUGCCGUGGAAUGUUCCGCGAUCGCGCGCGAGCGUCGAAUUGUCUCCGGCGAUGUCUAUGGCUCAUUCGUCUCCGCACCUUGAUGGCUUGCACGGCUUAACCUCCGGGACGACCCCCAUUGCUAUCCCACCGAGCGGGGGAAGGAGCAGGAGUGUCGAUAUGGAUGCGCGCGGGAGGCGGCACUUGCUGUUGUGAGUGUCCCGUCCGUCUGACCCUCGGCCAACAUCAGGGAUCUGUACAAAAGUAGGGAGUCUUUCACUGUGCAUACGUUGAUGCAUCCCUUGCGUUCAUAUUUAUUGUUGCCCGACACCUGUUGACAUCUCUCCACAUCUGACACCAAUAUGGCGUGUUGUUUUAUAUGAUCGCGACAUAGUACGUACAUAUAUUUAACUCCCUCUCUCCCGUGUAGCUCUCCGGUCGUCUUGCAUAACUUUAUGGCUACCCACCAUCGGGAUCUUCCACUUGCUCUCUGUAAUACUCGGUAAUCGUCUUUUGACUGUUUGUGUCUUCCAUGUGUACGUUAGGUUCAUACCGUACAUAUACCCAUCUACUUGACUUUUCUGGUAUCUCUUUUCUAUAUCUUGAUUUCCUCCCUAUGCAAUUCAAAGAUAAUUUCG